CCCCCCACCUCCUCGAGCUCUGGGAUGCUGAGGCAGAACAGAAGCGUAUCGGCGGCACCACGAGUGAGAGUAGGAUGAGGACGCAGAAUGAGAUGUAAAUGGAGAUGCCAUGCUUUCACCAAGAUCUGGACAUUCAUUCAGUUUUAAAGUGCUUCACAUUGAAUUGCAAAAAGCAUCUCUUCUCUCUAAAGCAAUCCAUUAUUGACAAUUGAUGUCAAAACACAUGCUUGAGCAGCUUAAUGCUGCCUCACUGGGUGAAACCUCACUAAUGGAAGGAAAACCUUAUAAGAGCCAGCUCAUCAAAAUACACCUAAGACUAGCAUAAUGCCUUCGAAAGUAUCAUGUUUAUACAUCCUGACAGUGGUUUGCUGGGCCAGCGCAUUGUGGUACUUGAGCAUUUCGCGGCCGACGUCCACAUAUGUUGGUCACAUGGCUAUGCCUAAACGAAGGAUUGUGAAACCUCCUCCCAAAAACAUCACAUUCACCAACAUCCGCACGCGCCCCCUCAACCCACAUGCCUUCGAAUUUGUAAUAAAUGAGCCGAAGAAGUGUGAAAGCAUCACGCCCUUCCUGGUUAUCCUCAUCAGCACCACACACAAGGAGUUUGACGCACGGCAGGCCAUCCGAGAGACCUGGGGCGAUGAGGGCACUUAUAGCGACAUCCACAUUCUCACCAUCUUUCUUCUGGGGAGGAACACAGACGACGUGCUCAACCAGAUGGUGGAGCAGGAGAGUCAGAUCUUCCAUGAUAUUGUAGUGGAGAACUUUAUUGAUUCAUAUCACAAUCUCACCCUCAAGACUCUAAUGGGCAUGCGCUGGGUAGCGACAUUCUGCCCAAAGGCUCAAUAUGUCAUGAAGACAGACAGUGACAUCUUUGUCAACAUGGACAAUCUUAUUUACAAGCUUCUAAAGCCCAGUACCAAGCCCAGAAGGAGAUACUUCACAGGCUAUGUGAUAAACGGUGGUCCUAUCAGAGAUAUGCGCAGCAAGUGGUACAUGCCCAGAGACCUAUACCCUGAAAACAAAUACCCGCCGUUUUGCUCAGGCACUGGCUAUGUGUUCUCCGCAGAUGUAGCCGAGCUAAUCUACAAGACUUCGCUGCACACCAGACUGUUGCACCUGGAGGACGUGUAUGUGGGGAUGUGUUUGCGUAAACUAGGGAUCCACCCUUAUCAGAACAGUGGGUUCAACCACUGGAAAAUGGCUUACAGUCUUUGCAGGUACAGGCGUGUCAUCACAGUCCAUCAGAUACCCCCGGAGGAGAUGCAUCGCAUCUGGAAUGAUAUGUACAGCAAGAAGCACCUCAGAUGUUAGGAGACAUGAGGAUCAACAAAGAACAACUCCAAUUUAUUCAGCUGACCCCUUACCAACCUCAUUUACUUUGGCCUUUAUAUCUUAUUACAAAUUGUCACAUUUAAUCAUGUAAGAACCUGCAGUUGCUUCUGCAAAUCCAUGUUUUAUGACACAUGGAUUAAUUAGCAUUAGCAUUAGCAGUUUGUAUAGUCACUCACUCUUAAAGCAGUUGUUAAGGAGUUUUAAAGUUGGGUUCUGUUAAAGCUUUUAAUAUCUUUCCUGGAGAACACAACUCUUAAGCAUGUUCAUUAAGUAUAAAUCUAGUUUGGUUUCUUCCAGAGGCUGAAACCUAUAGUCUAAAGUAGGAUAAAAGCAGAAUGUCUUAUACCACUCCAGUGAAAACAAUAUCACAAUUGUCUAACGCACCUGAAAUUGCUGACUUACCUCCACAGUAUGCAGUCAAGUUCUCCAGAGUCUUGCUAAUGACCUCAUUUAUUAGACUCAGAUGUGUUGAAGCAGACAUGUCUAAAAAUGGUCCCUCGAGGACUGUAGUUAAAGACCCCUACUCUAGAGAGACCUAAAGAUUUUUGAACAUGGUGCCAUUUUUGAACAAUUGCACAAUCUUGGAGGAUUUCCAGACUAGUUUUAAGCAUCUAAAUAGCACUGUUAGCUGUUUUUAAAUAUAUAAUUUUAGCAGAUGAUGGAAGCUUUGUAAUCUUUGUACUAUAAAGUUUAAUGGGAGCAAUUGAUACUGUUGAUUCCACAGUUUGUAUCUGGUGUCUGGAGCAUUUCGGUUACAGCCUAGGACUGGCAUAAAAAAAGAAAUCGCUGAUCUUAAUAUCAACAAGUUUCUGUCUGCUCCAGCACCUCUUUUAUGUGGAGUUCCUUGGAUUCUGUCUUUUCCUCUUUUCUUUUUUUGUCUGUACUUACUCCGUUUGGCAUCAAGUCAUUGUAAGCUUGGAAUUUUCCAACGUACAAUGAAAGUAAAACAUAGGGUGUUAUAUUCUGCCAUAUCAGUAUUUAUGAACAUAUUGCUAAUAAAUUAGGCAUAAUUAUGGUUUUGGAAAAUUAAUAAACAGAUAAGCCUCACUUUGCAGAAAAGACUUUUAUAAAUAGGUGUGACAGCAAAAGCUAUAAAGAAAACAACCAGAGAGAGUAAUACACACGUUACAACUCAUCUUGGUUACUACAGUGCACUUUAAGUUGAGGUCAACCACAGCCUUUUUCACACCACUAGCUUGCUCAAAGUGCUGUUCUACCGUAUCCUACGGAAAUCUGGGUUUGUAAAGUGGUAGCUCCCAAACUUUGCAAUUUUAAAGUUACCUUUAAAAUUAGACAAGGAUCUGUUUUUGUUGUAUUGAGGUUUAUUUUUAAACUUAUCUAGUGCCUUUUGGCAUAGUUUAAGUGGCAACAUUUCUUUUUUCUUUUAACCUUUUCUUACAUGUACUUAACAAAUAUUAGAUUUAGUAGAUUUAGUUACAUAAAAGAUAAUUGCUAUAUAUAUAGUACAGACCAAAAGUUUGGACACACCUUCUCAUUGAAUUCAAUGAGAAAGUGUGUCCAAACUUUUGGUCAGUACUGUAUAAAUGUCCUCACAUUAACUGUGUAUAAUGUUUUGACAGAGCCCCACUUCAGAAGUCCUAAAAUAGCUCUUUAAAUGCUGGGUUGUUACUAGUAGGUGUUUGCUACUUUGUAAGACAUAUGCCAAUCUGAAGAAAGCACUAACUGCUGUGGCUUGCCCUGUAGAGACAGUGCAGACAUUCAGACAUUUCCCAUGCAUUUUAAACCUAUUCUCCCCUUUACUGCAAGUGUCCUUGAGCAACAAUCUCUCCUGGCUCCCCAGCUGCUGACCCUCCUAGAGUGCAAUCCAAAAGAAUGUGAAGAAAAUAAAUAUAUAUUGCAUUACUUGUAUAUUAGAGGUCUAAAUAAUGAUCUCUAAAAAAGUAUAGUUUAGGAGACCUUCGGAAGCAUGAGAUUGCAAGUGCAACCCUGAUGACCAUGCUUCUGACAUGUGCUCUCAUGCUCUUUACUCCCUUUCUCCAUCUUUUUAAUGAGGUUAAAUAUAAAAAUACAGUCUAUUAUUAGUGUCAAAAUUCAAGUAGGGUGAAAUGAUAGUCUAACACAACAGAGUUUAUAUUAAGAGUGUGGAAAGUUGCAACUUUUUCAUGAUGAAUACGCCUGAUGUUUUUGUUUACAUACAAUCAUCAUCACAUUGCCUUUUUUCUUCCAAAAUAAGCAGCGUGUAUGUUUUGGAUAGUAGACACAUUUUCUUGUUUUCUUACUUUGGCAUUUCAAUGCCAGAGUAAGAGUAAUUAUGUGUCUCGGCUACCAGCCUCUCAUUACUGUAGCUGCUGCUCUUGGUUAUGUGUGUUGUAUAUCAGCAGCUGUUUCAGCUCAUCAGCUGCUACGUGCACCAAGAAAAGCACUGCAUCGUGCCGUGCAAGACUCUUGUUAUGUCGAGCUGGGAUCAUUACAGACUGGAUGUAUUGUAAUAUGUAUCUGGCAUAUCAGUGGCUGCAGAAUCACUGUCACUGUAUAAACAACAUGGGAAAAUCUAGCUCUCUCAGAGAAAAUGUGGCUCCGGUGGCCAAUUAUUCUUUUCCUUUUUAUUUUCACUGAGGUUUUGUAGUCUUAUAAGCUAAUGUGACAUUUACUGUGAAAGCUUUUAUCCCAUAAGGGGAUUGUUGUUAUAUAUUGUAUGUUUUUAUACAAAAAAAAGAAAUACUUGAAUAAUUACAAUUAAAUCAGUACUUUCACUUGCUUGUCUUCUUCCAGUUUCUCUGUUACACAGAUAUACAGGGGCCACAGGCUCCCAAGGACUGUGUUUUUUUAUUCUUAAGUUGUUGCCAAACAUAACUUAUUUAAAAUAUUUUGCAUAUUUAAUACAAACCCUGUGACUGUGUUGUACUGCCUAUUUUCACUGUGAUAGGCUUUAAUUUGGUCUCUAUCUAGCAUAUUUAUUUCACUUCUUCCUUUAGCUUCUUCUGUAGCAAUGCUCCUCGUCUCUGUUUCUCCUAUCAAAGUAGUCCAGGACUGUAUUAAAUGUGUUAUUCUCAUCAGCUGCUUAAGCAACAGUUUAAUUGUGUAAUGAUGGAUUUUAUACACUUCCAACUAGAAACUCAGUGUCUAAUAAAGCCCUACUUUUAUAGUGCCCUCUACAUUUAUUUGCAACACAAGAUAUGUAAACAGCUUCAAAAUGUGCCCAUAUUCUUCCAUAUAAUAUCUCACUAAAAUGUCUGCACUGUUUCCCUA